CAAACCUGUAACGAACAGUCAAAUAGGUAAAGCACAUGAUAGCAAAGACGGAGCAGGGUCAAUGUGUCGGAACUUAUCUUACCUGAACGCAUUCAUUGCUCUCGGACUAUUUUUAAGCAGCGUCUAAACGUUAUGCUUAUAUUUGUUAAUUUGUUCAAAUGUUUCACGUCUAGGCCAACUUCGCAAUUCCGGCAUGAAUAAAAAUAGCGCUGAACGCUUGUGGGAUCAUGAGGUUUAAUAGAUAAGUAAAAGCAAAAGGCAGACGAUGGAGAUAGAUUCGGUGAGAGUCGAGUCUAGUCUGUGGAUCGGUAAUAAGCGGUACAGGGCUUUCCUAAGCGGAUGGUACUUCAGCUGGACUGAGAUCGACAAGAGGAACCGGGAGAAGAAAACAAUUUCAGUGCCAGUGUCAGAGGUCAUUGGGGUGAAGGAGGGUAGAGUUGAGAUCCAACCCCAGAAGAAAGUAGAAGACACCGACCUUGAUUUUACUUUAUUCUACGUGAAGCGCAGCAGCAAAGGAAACGGUAUCGGAGCACCGUGGAGUCUGGGCAGGACCCAGUUCUGUUGUCCAAGCCGGGCCGUCCGGGAUCAAUGGAUCACUCAGCUCCGAACCGCACUCAAAACCCACAGCCCCUCGCGUCCUCGCAGGUUGUUGGUGUUCAUUAAUCCUUUCGGAGGAAAGAAGAGGGGGAAACAGAUCUUUCACUCUCUAGUGGCCCCUCUGUUUGAGCUGGCUGGCAUCAGCUCUCACGUUGUGGUGACUGAACAAGCAAAUCAGGCCAGAGACUACAUCCUGAAGAAAGACCUGACAGGGUUUGAUGGAGUCAUAUGCGUGGGUGGAGACGGCAUGUUCAGUGAGCUGCUGCACGGUGUGAUUGGACGAACCCAGCAAGAGGCGGGAAUUUCAGAACACGACUUGAGCGUAAUGCUGCAGCCGUGUGACCUCCACAUUGGCAUCAUUCCAGCAGGCUCUACAGAUUGUGUGUGUUUCACCACCAUAGGCAUAAAUGACCCCGUGACAUCGACGCUGCACAUCAUCAUCGGAGACUCUCAGCCUCUGGAUGUGUGUUCUGUCCAUUAUCAGUCAACACUGGUACGUUACUCGGUCUCUAUGGUGGGCUAUGGUUUUUACGGAGAUGUUUUGGCAGAGAGCGAGAGGCACCGCUGGAUGGGCCCUCUCAGAUAUGAUUAUUCAGGUUGUAUGGUGUAUCUGUGUAACAGGAGCUAUCCGGGACUAGUGCAAUAUCUCCCUGCUGAUUCUCAUAUCUCCAGCCCAAGGGACAACACUCGCUGCCUGUCAGGGUGCCGAGUGUGUUCGGAAAGCAAAGAGAAGCUGUUCCCCCACUUUGACAGCUCCAGUUCUCUCUACAGCACUAAUGUGAGCCAGUACAGCAGUGAGUUAGAGGGCGAGUGGGUGACUGUUGAAGGCAGGUUCAAGUGUAUCUCUCUCACCUGCAUUUCAAGCUCAUGUCCACGGAGUCCAAAGGGUCUCUCGCCAUCCGCUCACUUGGCCGAUGGGACGGUAGACCUCAUCCUGGUGCGAGAAACAAACCCUCUGGGCUUUCUCACGUACCUUCACAGGCACACAAACACACAGGAUCAGUUCGACCUGCCCUUCGUAGAAGUUCAUCGUGUCAGGGCUGUUCGGUUUUCUCUACCCCCUGGAGAAGAAGAGGAGGAGGAGGAGUAUGAAGAGAGUAAUCGAGAGAUACAGGCCUCUGCUGAGAGAGUACUGGAGGAUCCUGGGAAACUGGGCAAUAGUAACGUUUCAGGACACUCACAGCAGCAUCUGGCAGGGAGGAAGGACAGAGGAAAUGCAAUGAAUAAAGUAAAGAGACGAGGCUUUGUGUGUGGGCCGUGCUGCACUAAACCUCGAUCAGUAUCGGUGUGGAACUGCGAUGGAGAAAUUCUACCUCACACCCAGAUCUCAUGCAGAGUUCAUGGCCAGCUGGUGCGUCUCUUUGCCAGGGGCAUCGAGGAUUCAACAAUGCCGUGAGAUGCGAUCAACCUAACAGAUGACCUCUUUACUGUUCACGAGCACGUCAUUGGAAAGAAGAUCAUUAUGUAAAUAAUAUGUGUGAUGGGUGAACGUAAGAGACGUACAGUAAGCCGAGAUGUCAUUUAAGCUCAUUUCACAUUUGUUAGCGCAAUAUUUCAGCCGUUAAAUAUGUUAUAUCAUUAACAUAUUUGGGUGACGGAUCGGUUUUAGAUCUGUCAUAAUAUUGUUCAUUUCACUAAUUUUAUAGCUUUUUGCGGAGCAAAAAAGUAACUAUGCAAUGUUUUAGUGCAAUCUAACAGGGAAUGUUAAACGUUGUCACGUUUAUUUAAUCGAGGUUUUGCACAUAAGUGAGAGCACUGGUUUGUCUGUCUAUGGCUUGUACAUGGGAGGGACAUGGGUGAAUGACAUGUUUUAAGGGAGUGGACUCAUUCCAGUCAGCAGCAGGAAUGUGCAUGUACAGGAUGUCAAUGGGUUUAAUCUUCAAAAUUAUGAAUUAGAAAUGUGUUUGUCCAAAUAAAGUGUCAUAAAUGCA